GUUGCCCGCGGGUUGGGAUUCCGGUCCGGCUUCGGCAUCCGCUACACCCCCCCCCUCGCCCCCCGCCCGCGAUGGAGGAGACCGAGAUGCAGCUCAAGGUGAAAAAAGUUACAGACAAAUUCACAGAGAGCAUGUACAUCCUGGCCAACGAGCCGUCUGUGGCACUGUACCGACUGCAGGAGCAUGUCAGGCGCUCCCUUCCGGAGCUAGCCCAGCACAAGGCUGACAUGCAGAGCUGGGAGGAGCAGAGUCAAGGAGCCAUCUAUACUGUGGAGUACGCCUGCAGCGCCAUAAAGAACAUGAUGGACAGCAGCGUGUAUUUUGAGAGCAUCGACAGGCUGCUCAAGCAUGUCAUCGCUGUGAAGGAUCAGCUGAAUUCCGCUCCGGGCCGCAGGUAGCUCGGGAGUCUGACACCCCGAAUUCUGAGAACUGCCCUAUUGCUUUAUAGGAACGUUUGUUCUGUGACUGCUGAAGGCUUCACGGGCUGUAACUCCGCAAACUACAGACAGGCCAGGCAGUUACACGCAUAAUGUGACUCUGUGCUAUAAUUUAAAGGAAUAAGCUCCUUGCCUUGCAGUGAAACUCUGCUUCACUGUACUUUGGGAAGAAAAGCCUCUUGUUUACAAUGUUUCCUGCAAAAUAACUUCUUUCCCUACGUUUAAAGAGGGGGGGGGCUUUUAGGUAACAUGUAGCAUUUUUGUGCAGUGUUAAACAUUUGUAGCAUGGCGAGGGCCAUAAUAAUAAAUGAAUGUUUUGGUGCUGAGGAAA